UUGGGAGACUGUCACUGUAAAACUACAAGUCCCAGAAUGCAUUUCAUGAGCACAGUCCUGUCAUGCUCAGUGUGGUGGCAAGAACCAAGCUUUCCUUGGGUUCCUAGCUAAAUUAACUUAGGUGGAGCAAAAGGCUCCACCCCCAAAAGCAAGCUCUGUGAUUGGAAUUGGAGCUCAGCCUCAGGGUGGGGCCGGGAAUUUACCUUUGUACUCCAGGUAGGUCUGGGUUGGUGGUGCCUGGCUGGGUGUGUCCAGAUCUGACUGCUAUCCUGACGCGUCUCUCAGAGCUGCUGGCAGGUUUGAAUCCAGGAUCCUUAUGGCCCUGUUGUCUUAAUCUCUCUUUCCCAAAUUUCUUACUUUUUUCCCUCCCUCGGGUCCUUCCCACAGAUUACUAUGCUUCAUGUAACUCCUGCCGCCCCUGUACUAGUCACUACCCAACUUCAAACAGGGUAAAAGUCCACUUGUGGUGGCCCCUUAGAAACACCCAGCACUGUUUCCCGGAAAGCAAGUACCUCAGGGAAGGAUGGACCCCGAGGCAUUAUCCUCUGCGGGUUGAGGUUGGGGAUCAAGCGGAGAGGGAAAUUUGGUAUCAGUCACCAGAUCUAAGGCCUUACUGGCUGCCCUGCUUUCCGUAGGUUCUAUGGACAGCCACCAUGGCCUCUGGGCUGGCAGAAGAGUCUGAGCUGGCUGUGAACCCCUUUGAUGGGCUCCCCUUCUCUUCCUGCUACUAUGAGCUGCUUGAGCAGCGCAGAGCCUUGCCCAUCUGGGCUGCUCGCUUCCUGUUCUUGGAGCAUUUGGAGAGUAGCCCCACUGGAGUGGUGCUGGUAUCUGGGGAGCCCGGCUCUGGCAAGAGCACCCAGAUUCCUCAAUGGUGUGCAGAGUUUGCACUGGCCAGGGGAUUCCAGACAGGCCAGGUUACUGUCACUCAGCCCUACCCACUAGCAGCCAUGAGCCUGGCUUCAAGGGUGGCUGAUGAGAUGGACCUGACCCUGGGCCAUGAGAUUGGAUACAGCAUCCCUCAGGAAGACUGCACUGGGCCCAACACCAUGCUCAGGUUCUGCUGGGACAGGCUGCUUUUGCAGGAAGUAGCCUCCACCCGGGGCCCAGGAGCCUGGAGUGUGCUGAUUCUGGAUGAGGCUCAGGAGCGGGACACUGUCCCUACUGACCUAGUGGAAGCUGCCUGCCAAGCUGUGCUUGAGCUGUGUCAGGGGGAAGAGGCGCCAGGAGAUGUGCUGGUGUACCUGCCCGGUGAGGAGGAAAUUUCCCUGUGCUGUGAAUCCUUGUCCAGGGAGUUGGGGAAGUUGGCUGUCCCAGGGCCUCCACCACAGGUACUGCCCCUUCACCCAGGCUGUGGUCAAGCCAUCCAAGCUGUGUAUGAGGACACAGACAAGAGGGUCCGGAAGAUCGUGGUCACUCAUUGGCUGGCAGAUUUCUCCUUCUCUCUGCCUUCCAUCCAACAUGUCAUUGACUCAGGACUGGAACUUCGCAGUGUUUACAGUCCUCGGAUCCGGGCAGAAUCCCAGGUGUUGAGGCCAAUUAGCAAGUGUCAGGCAGAGGCAAGAAGAUUGCGGGCAAGGGGCUUCCCACCAGGAUCCUGCCUCCGCCUGUACUCUAAGUCCACCCUAGAACUAGAGGCACCCCCACUGCCCCACCCCAAAGUGUUGGAAGAGAAUCUGAGCUCCCUGGUGUUGCUACUAAAGAGGAAGCAGAUUGCAGAGCCAGGGGAAUGCCACUUCCUGGACCGGCCUGCACCAGAAGCACUGAUGCAGGCCCUGGAAGACUUAGACUAUCUGGCAGCGCUGGAUGACGACGGGGACCUGUCCGAUCUGGGGAUCAUUCUUUCGGAGUUUCCCCUACCCCCUGAGCUGGCCAAAGCCCUGCUAGCCUCCUGCGAGUUUAACUGUGUGGAUGAAAUGCUCACUCUCGCCGCCAUGCUCACUGCUGCUCCUGGGUUUACCCGUCCUCCAUUGUGUGCAGAAGAAGCUGCCUUGCGUAGGGCCCUAGAACAUGCAGACGGUGAUCACAGCUCUCUGAUCCAGAUUUAUGAAGCCUUUGUACAAAGUGGAGCAGAUGAGGUUUGGUGUCAGGCUCGGGGUCUAAACUGGGCAGCACUGUGCCAAGCCCGUAAACUCCGAGCGGAACUCAUGGAACUCAUGCAACAGAUUGAGCUUCCCGUGUCCCAGCCAGCAUUCGGUUCUGAGCAGAAUCGCAGAGACCUUCAGAAAGCACUGCUGUCGGGAUUCUUCCUCAAGGUGGCCCAAGACAUAGAUGGCAGUGGAAAUUACCUGCUUCUCACUCAUAAACAUGUAGCCCAGCUGUCUUCAUGCUGCUGUUACCGAAGCCGCAGAGCUCCAGCUCAACCACCUGCCUGGGUUCUGUACCACAGCUUCUCCAUAUCCAAAGACAACUGCCUGUACAUCGUCUCUGAGAUUCAGCCUCAGAUGCUGGUGGAUCUAGCCCCUCCAUACUUCCUGAGUAACUUGCCCGCCAGUGAGAGCAGAGACUUCCUGAACCAGCUGAGAGAAGCAGCCUCAGAGCCAUCAGCAGAAACGGAAUCUUCCUCUCCCCGGGAGUAUGGGGAUGGCUGUGUUCUGCAGUGAGCUGCCUAAGGAAUGGAGCCAACCUCACCGCAUAGGGCAGUCGGCCAGUCUUAGAAAUCCAAAGUGCAGGGUCAAAUAUAUUCCCAGUACCCAAAAGCCAAGAAACGGUGGGAGGGGAGGAGGCACAGGAGCCACAGUCCAGAAGGAAGUAGUCCUUUCUCGCUCCUUGCCGAUGGGAGCUCACUCCACCCCUGUUGCCCUACACAGCCUUGCACUGUCCUUGAGACUAUAAAAGAUUUUCCUGUGAUGCCAA